AUGGAUAACUAUCCAUUUUUGGAUUCUCAAAUGAAUUCUGAUUUUAUGUCAGAAUUCUCUUCCUUUAUAAACGAAGUCGGUGAGGGUGAUUACACAGAUAAAUUUUCCACUGAUCAAAUAUUCCCAUCACGUGCCGAUAUGAUUGAUUGGGUUCGAAAGAUUGCAUUUGAGCUUGGAUUUGUGGUUGUCAUCAUAAUAUCUGACACAACAACUGGUGAAGCUGGAAGAAAGACAUUCGUUGUGUUAGGCUGUGAAAGGAGUGGGAAAUAUAGGAAGUAUAAGCAAGACGUGCAACCUAGUGUGUUUGGCACAAGAAAAUGUGAGUGUCCGUUUAAGUUGAGGGGUAAACCUAAAGGACACGGUUGGGUGUUAAAGGUUAUGUGCGGCUAUCACAACCAUCAAUUAGUAGAGACUUUGGUUGGUUAUCCUUUUGCGGGGAGGUUAAAUGCUGCUGAACAAUCAAUUCUUGUUGACAUGACUAAGAGUAAAGUUAAACCCUCAAAUAUUCUUUUGACUCUUAAAGAACAUAAUGAAGAUAACGUGACGACUAUAAAACAAAUAUAUAACACGAGAUACACUUACAAACGAUCUUUGAGAGGGUCACGAACUGAAAUGCAACAGUUGAUGAUGUUGUUAGAUAGAGACAAAUACAUCCAGAAUAGCAGAUGUUUGGAAGAUUCUGACGUAGUAAGUGACCUAUUUUGGACACAUCCUGAUUCAGUGCACCUGGUCAAUUCAUUUAAUAUUGUGUUCUUAAUGGAUACGACGUACAAGACAAACAAAUAUCUUCUUCCGUUGCUUGAGAUCGUUGGAGUCACGUCCACUGGUUUGACAUUCACAGCCACCUUUGCAUUGCUUUCAAGUGAACGCCAAAAUAAUUUCACUUGGGCAUUGAAAAUGUUUAAAAGAUUACUAUUGACAAUAGAGGGCGGUCCACGCGUUAUUGUCAUUGAUAGAGACAUUGCUUUGAUAAAUGCCAUUACCAAUGUCUUUCCUGAGACAUAUCAUAUGUUUUGUACAUUCCACAUUAUAAGCGAAAUGCAAGAUGUUAGUGGAUAA